AACGUAUAUUUGGUUGGAGAUUUAUAUAACUAGACAAAAGUGAAUUAAUUGCAAAGAAAAUCAAAAUUCUUAAAAGUUAUCUAUCCCUGCCAAAUUUUGGACGCGUCGCAGCCUGCGUCCACCGGGCCCAUAGGUUCAGAAAAAACCUGAUGCGCUUUCUUGUCGAUUUGAUGCCUAUAGAGGCGUCAUAGGUGUUGUCUGAUUAGUGCUAGUAGAUAUGUAUAUUAAUCAAUUAAAAUACCGCAACUCAAGGUCACUGAAACAUUAAGUAUAUGUUAUGAUAGUCAGUACGGCAAUAAGCCCUUAUCAUUUAUACAUAUAUCAUAAACUAAUACUUAAGCACAGUCCAAGUUGAGAAACUAAGACAGCUCGCUAUGAACUAAAGCUAAACAAAGCUAAGCACAAAUAUAUAAAAUCUGCUGUUGGUUCGUGAAUUCAUUUUGAAAAUGAACUACUGCAAAUACUUAUUUUGGAAUUUCCUGCUUAAUGCCUUGGGCCUUAGCCAGGUCUUGGCUGUCCAACAGGAUGAGACUCUGUCGGAAGGCGAUAUGCGUCUCACGCCAGAGCAAUUAAAGCAUUUGGCCGGAAACAGUAUGACACGAAAUGUGAUGCUCUGGUCGCGCUAUUACUGGCCCAAAAGCGAGCUCGUCUACAGCAUCGUGGGACUAAAUUCCACUGACGAAAUAAUUGUCAGGAAAGCCAUGGAAAGAAUUUCAGACUGGACCUGUGUGCGCUUUCGCCGCACGUAUAGCUUGGAGGAGCCUCAGCUCGCCAUUCAGAGAAGUGGCUCUGGUUGUUGGACCACUGUUGGCUAUCAAGGCAGACGGCAAGAGCUCAAUUUGAGUCAACGUUGCAUGAGAAUCGGUACCAUACAGCAUGAACUACUUCAUGCUCUCGCCCUAGUGCACAUGCAGAAUGAUCCUAGGAGGGACAAGUUCAUAAGGAUCGAUUAUCAAAAUAUUAUACCUGGCAAGGAGGUCAAUUUUGACAUCUACAAAGCAAACGAUGUGAGUGACUUUGGUAUCGGCUAUGAUUAUAACAGUGUAUUGCAUUAUGGACCCACUGCGUUCUCAAAGAACGGGAAGCCCACCAUUGUCCAAUUGCAUGGUGGUGCCCAAAUUGGUCAGCGGAAGGGAGUUAGCAUCAAAGAUAUGCUAAAGCUCAGGCGCAUCUAUUGUUGAUGGUGUUUACUUCAACUAGUCGUCAAUGGAAUAUAGCAUUUUGAGGUUAGCUAAACUGUUGCAUA